AUGACCCAGCAGGACAAAGGGAGUUUGCUAACAGGCCUUUCUGUGUGCACCAGAGUGAUAUUGUCAAAAUUGAUAGGCCGAAGGAGGGGUGAAGAGAAUAAUUUAUUUGCACAGGAUGUGAAGGGUGGAGGUGGGCAGUGUCCACCUCCCUCAGAUCUCAGAGCACCUGGCAUCCCAGCAUCUCCAGGCUCCUGCUUCAGGAGGGCCCAGAGUGACAGCCUUUUCCCACAGUGCGGAUGCAGGUUCAUCCCUCAUUCCAGGAGCCUUGAGCGGUUUGGCCGAAGGUACCCCCAGGUACCCCAGGGCAGCCCAGGGCAGACCCUACCAGGCCAGACCUCACCAGUGAUCCCAUCUGGGCCACAUCUGCAUAUCGUCCUUGUCCAUCUGGAGCCUCUGGAGUUCCUCAAAGCACAGGCACAUGGUGAGGGGCCUGUAGUCUCAGAGACUUUCUGGGUGCAGUGUUUCACCAGGGGAAGAGCCCCCUUCGGGGACAGAACUGGAGAUACAGGCAGCUCCUGCCCCUGUCCUAAGGAGCUGCCUGACAUUGUGGCACCUGCUCUAGCCACUGGCCUCAGCCCUGGAGCUGAAAGCACGACUGGAGCAAGAGGUGGGAGAGAGGGGGUGGCCAUCCCGGCCCCAGCCAGCAGCUCCCCUGCUGCUCUGUGUCCUGGACACGGUGGGAGACAUGGAGGCCAAGACCAGGGUGUGCAGCCUGGGCUCCUCUGCUUCAGUGGAGAGAGGCUUCUGUCAUUUGACUGAGCUGCAGCCCUGCAGCUGAAGGACCUGCUGCUGCUGGGGUUGUUUGCUGCCUGCAACAGGCGCUGGAGAGCAGGAAAAGAAGCCUGGGAGGAGGGGUCCCUAAUGUCAGAUAGUGUUUUUGAGGCUAUCCUGAAAAUCUCUGGUAGUCAUGUCUCUUUGUUGUGGUUGUUUGUACGAUGAAAUUACCACCUAAUCAACUGUUAUUGGAAACCUUUCAGGUACGGCUUUUAGAAGAACUUGACCUACUUUUGGUUUUUUUUGCUCUCUGGUUUAUUGUGGAAAGAGGGAUCGUUUAGGUUCAUUCGUCCUGCAGAUCAAUUGCCUUUUGCCAUCAAAGAUUUGGCAUCACAGCGUUUCCAAAAAUUACGUGUACAAGCUGGUAUGUUGGUACUUUAGCUAAUCUGGAUGUCAAAACAAUGUCAUAGACUAGGUCGCAGAGAAACAAAUUUAUUUCUCAUGGUUCUGGAGAUGGUAAAAUCCAAGGUCACGUGGUC